ACGCCAUAUUAGUGUUGAUUGUUGUGCAUUAAAGUUGUUUACAUAUAGAAAAAUCGCAAAAUUGUAUAGAAAAGUUCAUUUAACUAGAAAAUAGUACUGUUUAGAAUAACAAGUUCAAAAGUGCGUCGAGGUGGUUUGAAUAAACAUUAUUUGUUUUACUAAUAGAUUCAAUUACGGGGUUUCAUAAUGGAGUUAAAUUUAAUGAAAAACCUGGAGCUGGAUAAAAUUUGUCGAAUCUGUCUUGCCGUGAAAAAAGAAAUGCGACCGCUUUUCGGUGAAAUGGUAGCAGAGAUGCUUAUGGAAGUUGCUAAAAUACAGAUAGAGCAAAUGGACGGCUGGCCGGACAAAAUCUGUAUCCAAUGCAUCCACCAGGUUAGUCGAUGUCAUGCUUUCAAAACUCGCGUUGAAAAAUCGGACAGCACAUUGCGGCAGUACAUUAAGGGAAUAACUGUAGUCGUGGAAGAACACAUACCCAAGGAACUAACACUCGAUGUUCAGAGGCAGCAAAUUACACCACAAAAAAUUCAACAAAUUCAACCUGCUCAACAGAUUCAAGAGAUUCACAUUCAGAGGACAGAUAUUCCAACGAUUGCCGAAGCGCCUGCUCCGACAAUGAUACUAACCAAUGCGCAGUUGCUGAAUACUGGACCUCAAAUCAUUAAUGCCGGUCAUUUGAUAACAACUGCCUCUGGUCAACAGAUCAUUCAGGCGCCUCAGUAUCACGCUGCACAAAUUGGGCAGUUUAUUCAGGGUCCAAACAAUACUAUACAGAUGAUUACCCAUGGAGCAACACAUCCGCAAAUACUGCAAAUACAGCGAACGGCAGAUGAUCGGUGCGAAAUAAUUGUACAACCGGAUAUGCAGGAACAGCAGUAUUAUGACGAAAGUAAUGGUAAUGUAAUUUCCGUGAACCAAGUUCAAUCCGUCCCUAUGAUGGUUGCGCCUGCUGCCACAAUUCAACAACACCAUCAUUUAGCGCAGCAUGCACUUCACCAACAUCAGCAGAAUCACCAUCAACAUCAUAAUCAACAACAGCAACAGCAGCACCAACAACAACAACUCCAUGAACAGGAAUUGCAGGAAGAUGAAGUGGAAGAAUCUCUUAUAAAGGACGGUCCAGAAUCUGAUUUUGGUGAGCAGGAUGAUGAUCAGAUUGACAAUGAUGAAAUGAUAGAGGAAGAAUUGCAUGAGGAAGAGGAAGCGGAAUUGGAUGCAGAAAUGGAUAUGGAAGCGGAUUUGGAGCACUUGGAAGAAGAAUUAUAUAUUUCUGAUUGCGAGUCUGAUGACGACGAGAAACAAUUAGCUGAGUUUAUGACAUAUCAAACUUCCUGUCCUAGUCCCGGUCGAUAUGUAUGCAAUUUAUGCCGCAAAGAGUUUAGCCAGCCUAAGUGGCUGCAAACGCAUAUGUCUUCACAUUCGAAUUGGUUAAAGGCAAAUUGUAAGAAGCAACCUGAAUGUGAGAUUUGCCACAAAAGUUUUCGAGGGCCUGGGAUGUUGCGAAUGCAUAUGAAAACACACGAGAAAGCUGAUAAAUUACCUACCUGCUCCAUUUGCCAGAAAGAGUUCAAAUCUAAAUCAAUUUUAUAUCGCCACCGACAAACACAUUUCGAAAAAAACUUUGCUUGUACGUUGUGUGACAAACGAUUUAGCUCCAAUUAUCAGCUAAAUAUUCAUGUACAACGACACCGAAAGCAGAAACCCCAUAAAUGCCCUCAUUGUGACAAAUCUUUUUACAGUGCAGCUGAUUUGAAGGUACAUGUUAAUCAGCAUUUAGGCAUCAAGGUGAUCCAGAUAAAAAAAAUUGCGACGACUAGCUAAUCCUUAUGUAUGCAAACUCUUUGUACCUAAACAUGCUGACGUGUCGUUUCACCAGAGUCCGCGUAGCAGUGGUAGGAGCAAAUUCACAGUACAUAUUUGUAACGCAAUAGUUUCCUUUUAGAUUUUUUACAGUCCGAAUAUUGUAGCUAAGGUAAAACAAUUGUGAAUAUUGAUGUUAUGAUAAUGACCAUGUUUUUGAAAUAUUUGUAUAUAGAUUUUAUUUGUUUCCAACAAAUGUACGCUUCGAAAAUCAUCGGAUUUUAUUAUAGGUAAUAUAUCGCCCGUGCAAUGCUUUAGUUAGUUUAAGCGGAGAAAGUGAUGCAGUGUAUUUUAGAUGCAAACCAACCACUCUUUUCUUGCUAAAAUGUAGAGUAAACUGCGAGUCUAGUGAAUGGCACUCGUUGUACUUCUAAUAUUUAUUUUACAAUAAAUCAUAUUUUUUCAUUAAAGUGCUUCAA